UGUACCCUGCGUGUGCCCCUCACUAGUGUGAUGUUAGUGGAGGAGGCUGUCAGGAGGGGACUGUGCAGGGUGACAGACAGAGCCCACCGCCCGCCCUGUCCAGCAGAUAAGAGGCGAAUUCUCGGCCGUGGCUGCCCCCUCUCAUUGGCAGAGCCGUGCCCGCUGCACGAGAAGGGACCUGAGCGAGGUGUGGGGAAUUGUCAAGAUGGCAGCAGCGGGAGCAGGGAGGUGAUGUGCAGAUGCCAGGGCUGCACAUGGACGGAUGUGUACAGUAGUGAGGAAGGCUUAUGCGGCCGUGUGCAUGUGACAGCGGGGAUUCAUAUGUGCGUACACCCCGGGACAAAGAGUGCUCGGAGCCAUGGAGCCCGUCUACCUGCACCACUAGGCGCUGCCCUGUAAUCCGCUCACUUCUCCACUGCUUCCACCUACACACACGUUGGCAUUUCUUGUGUUUUCUGGCAACUUAGCCAGCAUGGCAGACGCUCUGCCACCCGCCUCCCCGGAGGGGGACGUGGAUAUAGACUCGGACUUCGAGCCGCAGAGCCGGCCCCGCUCCUGCACUUGGCCCCUGCAGCGCCCCGACUCUCAGGCCAGCCCGGCGAAGCCUGGCAUCCCCGGGGACUCGUCGUCCAUGAUCCCGGAGGAAGACGACGACGACGACGAGGAGGUGUCCGCCGCCUCGGCAGGGGCGGCCGGAGACUCGGUGGAGAGGGGCACGCUGCUGCUGGUGAGCGGCGGGGAUGUGGCGGCGAUGACGGUGCUGGCCGCUCCGGUCGGUGGAGUGGAGACCGUGCAGACGGCGCUGUGGGCUGGAGGGAGCGCUGUCAGCGGGGCGGCCGGCCAGCAGAGGAAGUGCUCGUCCCGCAGGAAUGCCUGGGGGAAUAUGUCCUAUGCAGACCUCAUCACCAGGGCCAUCGAGAGCUCCCCGGACAAGAGGCUCACCCUGUCCCAGAUCUACGACUGGAUGGUCCGCUCCGUACCCUACUUCAAGGACAAGGGGGACAGCAACAGCUCCGCCGGCUGGAAGAAUUCAAUACGGCAUAAUUUGUCUCUGCACAGCAGAUUUAUUAGAGUUCAGAAUGAGGGCACUGGAAAAAGUUCUUGGUGGAUGAUCAACCCAGAAGGAGGAAAAGGUGGAAAGGCACCAAGACGGCGAGCUGUGUCUAUGGACAACAGUAACAAAUACACUAAGAGCCGGGGAAGGGCAGCAAAGAAAAAAGCAUCCAUGCAGGUGGCCCAGGACACUACCGAUGAUAGCCCUUCACAACUUAAAUGGCCAGGAAGCCCUACAUCACGCAGCAGUGAUGAAUUGGACGCCUGGACAGAUUUCCGGUCUCGUACAAACUCUAACGCCAGCACGAUAAGUGGUCGUUUAUCUCCAAUCCCAGCUACCACUGAACUUGAUGAUGUUCAAGAUGAUGACUCUCCUAUAUCCCCUAUGUUGUAUAGCCCGGGUAGUUUGUCUCCAUCUCUGAGUAAACCCCCCACAGUGGAGCUGCCAAGGAUAACAGAUAUGGCUGAAACCAUGAACUUAAAUGAUGGCCUAACAGAAAACCUUAUGGAUGAUUUGCUGGAUGACAUUUCCCUUACUUCUCAGCAGUCAUCUCCUGGUGUAGGCAUGCAGAGAAGCUCCAGCUUUACCUUUGGCACUAAGGGCUCAAGCCUCAGCUCUCCAUCCAGUAGCUUCAAUAACACAAGUAGCUUCAAUUUUCCUUUGACCUCUCUACGCCAGUCCCCAAUGCAAACCAUACAAGAGAACAAACAAGCAACGUUUUCGUCCAUAAAUCAUUACAGUAAUCAGUCUCUACAGGACCUCCUUACCACUGACUCACUUAGCCAUAGUGAUGUAUUAAUGACUCAAUCUGACCCACUUAUGUCCCAAGCCAGUACUGCAGUCACUGCUCAGAAUUCCCGUAGAAAUAUAAUUUUGAGGAAUGACCCAAUGAUGUCUUUUGCCGCACCGUCCAACCAAGGUGGAGGUCUGGUUAAUCAAAACUUGCUUCCCCACCAGCAGCAGUCCCAUAACUCAUUUCUAAGUGGCAGCCGUGCCUUGUCAAACAGCAUAAAUAUUAUUGGUUUAAAUGACAGCAACAACUUGGACUCAUCUAAGCACCAGCAGCAGUCCGCAGUCACUAAUUCUAUGCAAGCCCUCUCAGAUACGCUCUCAGGGUCCUUGUACUCCACAGGCAUGAACCUUCCAGUGCAUGAAAAGUUCCCAACUGACUUAGACCUGGAAAUAUUCAAUGGGAGCUUGGAAUGUGAUAUGGAAACUAUCAUCCGAAAUGAUCUCAUGGAUGCAGAUGGGCUGGAUUUUAACUUUGACUCCCUCAUCUCUGCACAGAAUGUCAGCCUAAGUGUGGGAAACUUCACAGGUGCUAAGCAGACCUCUUCACAAAGUUGGGUACCAGGUUGAUGAAUGUGAUUGAAAAAUGACCUUGCCAGGGCCAGGAACUAACAAGAGACCCUAUAAACGAAACCCUUUGCCAAAACUGCUGUCAGCAAGCGGACAGUGAUACUGUUUACAGCUUAUGACCGUUUCAUGAAUCCUGCACCAGUUUCCUAACCUUGCUAUGACUGUUAGCAGAAAUCCUUCAAACUUAAGUAAAGUUCCUUCCAGGAUAAUCCGUGCACCUCCCCUCCCCCUUUCAUUGUUGAAGUAUGCAAAAAUGUCUUCACAAGAUGAGAACAUGGAUGGAAGAAUGCAAUCUUCUUGUGGGAACUGUCUCGUUAUGCAGUGGUGUUUGUCCAUAGCUGGCAUAGCUGCCAUGCAUCACAUCCCCACCAGCUGUAGACCUCUGAAUAAUGCUCUUCAUUUCUAGGGGAGGAUCGCAUAUUUACAGUCCUUUCACCAUGUUUUCCUUUUCUUAGAUUUUUUUUUUUUUCCUCUCUUAUUUUCCAAGCAGUCUGUACAAGAAUUAUUCGGAUAGUAUUCAUGUAAGCUAACAGUCAAGCCACUGCCUCUCCGUUAUGCCAAAUAGGCAGAAUUUUCCAUGGAAGACGCUUUACUUUAAUACUCUUAUUUCCAUUCGGAACUUUUUUUUUCUUUUCUUUUUUUCCUUUUUCGAUGAUGCAAUUCAGGGAUAAAUAUGUUGCUGAUAUGGUACUACUUCCUGUCACCCAAAACCAAUUGUAUACUGCUGUAUUUUAUGAAUAUAUCCAGAACAGUGUCAUUUAUACCGUUUGUUCUUGACUCAUGUGUUUAGUUUUGUUUUGAAGCUUUUUCUUACCAAAUGACCAGAAAGGGUUUAAACCCAGGAUAUCUAGUAGACAUAGCAGUCUAUUGGCAAUGCUGUGUAUGCAUGUGUACCAGAAGAACCACUGUACACGGGUGUUUGUACCAGGCAUUGCACUAUAUGGGUCUUCCGUCUCUUGGCUUUGAAUAGUAUAUUCUGCUUUCGGAAACCCUUCAUAGAAGAAUCAGAUAAUAUCCCACAUGUACUGUGUAGUAGAAGAGGGAUUUCAGGUUACAUUAUUAUCUGGAAAGCACAGUGGUGCUGAAAAAGCCCUUCCUUAUUAUCCCUCAACAUGUCGGAUCUUUUAUUUUUGUAUUAUUUUCUUAGAUUUGGGGGUUUUUUGGUUACUUUUUUUUGUGGGGAGCAUAUUGUGAAUGAACAUCAAUGGUACAUUAUUGCAACUUGAUAUAUAAAGUACAGAGGCAACUGAUCUAUCGAUAUCUAUUCAUUCUGUACUUGAUUGAUAUAUGAAGACUUUUUCCUUUGCAUUAUGGCAUUAUAAAUAUAAAUAUAUGAAUAUAUUUUGUAAUGUACAGAGAUUAAUCAUUAUGCAUGAGUGUUAGGAAGCAGAAGCAAACUAGCUUUUUUUCCCCACAGAAAGGUAAUGCGCAUGCGUCCCUAUGGCGUGGCCAAUAUAACAUUAGAACCAUUAACUAAUUUAGCCCACUACUGAAUUUCUAAAAUAUGUUAUCAUACCUGGAAAUUAUUACAGUUUUAUUUUUUUUUAUUUUUUUUAAUUAAAAUUGUGUGGUGGGAA